ACGUUGUUCAACACUUUAGUUCGCUUUUCUGACUCUUGCUUAAUCUUGGUCGUGUCUCUUCGGAGUCUUCGUCCUCUUUUUGCCGGCCUUUUUUUUUUUUUUUUCGUCACCACCAGAUCACUCGUUUUCUGUUUCGCUCGCUUCCUCUCGACGAAAGGGAAGAGAAGAAGCAAACAAAAUGUCGUACGAAAUGUCGAAUACGCAGAACAUGACCUACCCGUACCCUCCACCGGCUACCGCCGUGGCUGUUCCGCAGCCAAAGAGCCGGUUUUCGAAAUGGUGGCCCCUCGGUUUCUUCAUCGCCGCCAUCCUCCUCAUCAUCAUCGGCGGAGCGCUGGUGGGCGCGUGGACCGCCAACGCCGACUGCUCGUACGACGACUAUUACUACUCGUGCGACCACAAUACGGGCAUGCUCUGGGGCGCCGUCGCCUGCUUCGUCAUCGGCGGUCUCCUCAAGCUGACCGCAUGGAUCCUGCUCAUCGUGUGGUGCGUCAAGCGCAGCACCCGCGUGCCGACGUCCGUCUCGUACAGCUACCAGCCCUUGAACUACGCCGGGCCCGUGCCCACCGCCGCCCCUGCCCCGCCCGCUCCGCUGUACCAGAGCGGCGCCCCCUACCAGAACGCCCCGCCCUACCAGAGCGCCGGCGCGCCCCCGGCUCCGCAGCAAAAGGACGCGGUGCGGUAUUGCGCCCAGUGCGGCUCCGGCACCACCUCGCCGUACUGCCCUCAGUGUGGUGUCAAGGUGUAAGGAGGAGGGGAGUGACGUGGCGCAUCGAUCCGAUCGGUGGUUCCGGCAUAAUUAGAACCCGACGGGGAAUGUUCGAGAAUGCAAUGCCGAUGCCUCGGCGCUUGAGAUCCGUCGCACGCACACCCGACACUCGUCGUGUGUAGUGGAGGGCAGUCUGCGCGUCAGCAUGGCACGACUUGUCUCAGUGGGGUUUUACACAGUUUCCAUGGCUGAUUGACAAUGGCGGUUGUUGGGUUUAAUCUUUAUAGAGGGUUGUUAUUGCUGUCAUACGUCGGUUGAAGGGUGGUUGCGGACACGAUACCUGGAGAAGACUGGAAUUGAGCGGUCCUGAAAUUGGGUCGAUGGGUUUGCAUCUCAUGCAUAUUCUUUUCUGGUUCGCUGACGGGUAUGUAUGUCUGUGGAGGACUAUGGUUAGCGAGGUUUUCUUUUUCUU